AUGGAUAAUUUCGAUGAGUUUUUGGAGUUAAUUUUGACGGAAGUUGACAACCCUAGGAAGGCGGAGUCGAGCAUGAAGGCAGAGUGUGCGAGUGAGCGUUGCGAGGGCGUGAACACACGCUCACAGGCGCGCGCGCCACUCGCUCCGUUUAACUCGUCGACUUGCCAGGACGGCGACACCAAGAAGCAGCGAGGUCAAGAUAGAAGAAUGACUUCUCAUGCUCUGUACUCGCAGAAUCCAUACAGUGACAGAUUUCCUGGUGUUCUUACUCCCAACUCUUUGAGAUCACUUCAUCGUAGCCAUGUGAAACAACUUUUGCGAAAUAAUCAUGAAGUGGAGCCGGUGUUCUACGGCUUUCAACUGGUUGGAGACAGCUUGCUCUUGCGUUUCGCUGAACAGAUGUUGCGGAGAGAAUGUAAAAAUGAUGCCAUCCUGCACCGCCUGGGGCUGUGCGUGAGCGGGCAGACCAUUGAGCAGCUGAGGCGGCGCGUGCAGUCCGAGGUUGCCGCCCUCGGGAACAAGGGAAGAGAUAUUGAGAAAAUGAAAUUUUGCUUUGACCAAUUGGUGGACAUUCUUGAAGAGACAGUACGGAGGCUGAUUAUCUUAACACUUCCUCCCAUUCCAAAACUGGAAGAUGAUAGAUGGUUCAGAAUGAAAUUUAAGCAGUUCAAUGAUUUCUUGAAACUGUUUCCAAGAAAAUAUGCAAACAUAAUUUGUAUUGACAUGACAAGAUCGUUUCAAACUAAUGACGACCACUCCAAUAUUAAUUAUUUCGAGAGGUAUGUUCCAUUUUAGAUUAUCGUAUAGUAACGUUGAAAUUAUGCUCAGGCCACCUGGGUGGCCGAGGGAGCUAGAGCGUGAGGCGACUCCGCGCCUCGGUCGGAAGGGUCGUGGGUUCCAAUCCCGCCGGGGGCAGGGUUGUUUGUCCCUCGCCAUUCAUGUAUGUGUGGUAGCUGACCUCAUUCCGAGGACCCCGUAAGUGUGUCUAGUGUAAAGGUUAAAAUGUGUCUCCACCUAGUGAGAAUACCCCGCGCGGAUAGUCGAAAUCGACAUCCAAUGAGGCUGGGAAAAGGCCCAGGAAGAAAGAGAAACAAAAAACUGUUUCCAUUGUUGGAGUUAGAGGUAACUUAUUUAUCUCAGAACAGUUCUCGGAUCAUUGUCAUCAUAGCAACAAAUGUUAAACACAGUCCAAAUGUAGAGGCGGCUUCUGCUUACCGAUCUGUCUGUGAAUUGAUUGAUUGUUAGUGAUUUAGGGCGCGUUAGCUGCUAAAGUCAUUAGUUAUGUAAGCGUAGUGCAUUUUUCCCUAGGAAGGGGGCGGUGAUCUUCCUCGGCUCGAUGACGAGAUUCGGCGCCAACCUACCGUCGGCUAGCGAGUUUCCCCAACCAGAGAUCUCCCGCCAGGGGCACCUCCCCAACCGGGACGAGCUCUGAGCGCCCGACCGGUCUCCUGGCAUGUAUGUUAGUGUACUGCGUGUCAAGUGUAAGUGGAUAGGACCGGGAAGCGGAAGGAAAGAACGCUCGCGGUUCGUUGCCCGUUUGUUAGGGCUCUGCACCGGCAGUCGCCUGUGUUGGCCGGAGAAACCACGGAACAGUACCAAUCAGAGCAGCCGACAGCCAGAAUUCUCCUCCAGACAGUGACCUCGACCUGGUUGGUCCGAGGAAGUGUCGGAAAUCCUGCCACCUAGUCUCGGGACUCGAACCCCUGGACCUCCCGGCGAGGCGCACUGCAGUGGCAUCAGUUGAUGCCCUGAGUCACCUCUCCCGGUGAUGUAAUCCUGACUUUUUGACAUAUCAGCUUUCUUCAUCUUAAAAAAUUGUAAAUAUGUUUAAUCAGACAAAUUUCAUUAGGACUCAUAAUAUCUGUAAAUUAACGUCCAGAUUUUAACUUGAACGUAAGAUUUGAAAAUUGUAUUGUUGAUAUUACAAUAGUGAACACUUGCACAAUAAUGACUGGAACUACAAGGAAACAGAAUUUACCUCGUAUUAGGAGGCAAAUUGCCCAUUACUGGACACUGAAUGGCAAAAAAUAAAAAAAAACGUUUGUCCUUGCUUUGCAAUGUAUUUCAGGUGGUAUGACAUCUUGCAGAGCAGGCCUGACCUUGUACACUUGAAUCAUGCUGGGUUAAGUCUUCUUCGUGAUAAGCUGCUUUCAAGUUGUUGCAGUGACAGUGACUGAAAUUUCUAUAUAGUUAACUUGCAAAGUUUGUUUAGUGGUUUCAAGAAAUAUAUUAAGAAACUGGAGAUCUCUCCAAACUAUUUUACGGUGUAUAUAAAAAAUAUUUACACACAUAAAUGACUAUUUUUUUUAACAAACUAAUUUCUACUCUGCUGAUUUCCUAUUAACACAUGUACUGAAUCAAAGCAAAACAAGGUUUAGAUAAACCAGUCUAAUGUUUGAAAUUAAGGAGAGUAUCAGAAUGCAUACAAAAUAACCAAGAUCUGAUAGUGAGAAAAAAAGCAUUGUCUUCUCGACCCUUGACUUAACUUUAAACCUUAUCUUCCUACAAGGAAAAAUAUGAAAAUUUGAAGUAUUGGAAACCAAAUGAUUUUACCUUAAUAUUUUUUCGAUUGUCUUCAAACCAGUGUGACGACACAAUAAAUCACAUUUGUUAAAAUAAUAGCUUUAUCAGUCUUCUUUAUAUAAGAUAUUUUUUGAAAGUUAACUCUCCACAGUUCAAUUUAUACAAUUUUGAUACCUUCAAAAGACUUUAAACUUUUA